CCCGCUGGCAGCGAUCGCUCCGCAUUGGUAUAUAUGCGCGCAUAGAUAGAUUUGGCCCUUUGCGUGCUCUAUUUUAAAAUCUAGACUUUGUUAUAUAAAAGAUAGACGUCUGACCAUCUGAUCAAAAAGUUUUAUUGGCCAAAAUGACAACGGAUCCAGAGCGUGCGGACACCAGCGACAUGGAGUCAGCAGCAGAAGAAGAGCACGAGGAAACUCAAAAGAGUACUCAAUCUAACAAAAAGAUUCAUUCAUCUAUUUUAGCAGCUCUGCAGGCCCGAGAUAAUGAUUUCAAUAUUGAUAACCUGCCUGACUGUGUGAAAAGACGAAUAAAAGCAUUGAAGCAGCUUCAGUUGAAAUCGACAAACAUCGAAGCCAAAUUUUACGAGGAAGUGCAUGCUCUAGAGUGUCGUUACUAUCAGUUGUGCGCACCUAUUUACCAGCAAAGAAGUAACAUUGUAUCUGGUAUCUGUGAACCUAAUGAUGAAGAGUGCGAAUGGGAGAGUGAAGAAGAUGAAGAAGAGAUAACAAAAAAUUUAAAAUCUAAAGUAAAGAUAGAAGUUGCAGAUGAAGCUACAGUGAAACAAGACAAAGCUGAAGAUAUAAAUGUUAAAGGCAUUCCUGACUUUUGGCUCACGAUUUUCAAAAAUGUUGGUAUGCUAGCAGAAAUGGUCCAAGAGCAUGAUGAGCCCAUCUUGAAACAUUUGUAUGACAUUAAAGUUAUAUUUUUAGAAAAAGAUCCCAUGGGUUUUGUGUUAGAAUUUCAUUUCUCUUCCAAUGAUCACUUUUCUAAUUCAGUUCUUACAAAGGAGUAUUAUAUGAAAUGUGUUCCAGAGAAAGAUGAUCCAUUCAGUUUUGAAGGACCUGAAAUUUUUAAGUGCAAAGGAUGCUCUAUUGAUUGGAAAAAAGGAAAGAAUGUGACAAUCAAAACGAUUAAAAAAAAUCAGAAACACAAGUCACGAGGCUCUAUGCGUACAGUGACUAAAACUGUUCAAAACGAUUCGUUUUUCAAUUUCUUUACACCACCAAUUGUGCCUGAAGAUUCUGAAGCAGAGGUUGAUGAGGAUAUUCAAGUUUUAUUAACAUCUGAUUUCGAAGUUGGUCAUUACAUUAGAGAAAGAAUAGUGCCUAGGGCUGUUUUGUAUUAUACAGGAGAAGGUCUUGAGGAAGAAGAUGAAGAUUACGACGAUGAAGAAGGAGACGAUGAUGAUGAUGAUAUAGAUGAGGAUGAAGAUGAGGAUGAUGGAUCCGAUGUGCCAACAGGUGGGAAACAACAGGAAGGUCACUCGAAUGAAUGUAAACAGCAGUAGUAAAAAUGAUUUGCAAAAAAAAAGUUAUCAACAAAAGAAUUAAUUAUGGUGGAUCCAAAACAUUUUAUGACAAAAAGUUUAAAAAAGUGCUGUUCAGUAACUGCUGUUAGAUAUUCUGCAUCUAUAUCUGAUCCAUCGCACUAAAAAAAAAUCAGUUUUUAAUAAUGUCGUGUCUCCUAUUCCAGAUGAAAACUAAACCGAAAGCUGUAAACAACUAGAAAAUUUUGUGUACUCAGCACGCUUUGUCGUUAAUCUCAACAAUAUCUAAGUAUGAGUACAGUGCUCUUGAAACUCGUCAAAUUCGUACUUGAGAUAUAAUAAAAGUAAAUAUAACAGCUGUAAGGAAACCUCUUUUCUAGAAGAAACAUUUGUUGCCCGCGUUUUUAACCUCUUAUUUAAUACUGAUACUGUUACAUUUUACCUAAAUUAGCCGAAAAAAUAGUUUUUUCAAAAAAAUAAAAGAGGAUGUAUUAGUACAAUAAAUUUUUGGUACUGUUAAUAGCUAUUAUUACGGAAUUUCUAGUAACAGAAAUAAUGAAGAACUUUUGACUGCCAAGAAGUACAAAUUCUAUGUAACUGCUACACUUUUUAUACAAUAAAGGCAAAAAUGUUAUUUUUUUCAAAAUCGAUCUGAGUUAUUGUAAUUUUAUUCUUGUUAAUGUCACAGUUUGUAUACGUCUGGAAAGAAGAGAAAAA